AUUCAAUUAUCCAAAACCCUUCGGGGUUCGAUGUUGGAAGAAGUUCAAUUUUGUACCCAAAAAAUGGCGGCUGAAACUGCGGCUGCUUCACAUUUCCACCGUUAUUGCGGUUGGAGUCGAAGGAGAUACACCACCGGAAUAAACAUUCGACGAUGUCUGCUAACUCCAGCUACUGCUUCCUUGUCUUCUUCUUCUCAACCCAUGGAUAUUCACACCAGCAAAUCCUACAAACAGCUCGGUAUGUUCUCAUUGAGAAAGAAGAUAGAAGAUUCAGUUAAUCGUGCUGAAUUGUUAGGUCUAACUGCAUUGGAAUUUGAAGAAGCACGCCAAAUCAAACAAGAAGAAAUGAUUCGUGAGUAUGAUUUAUGGGAUGACUUAGCCAAAACCAGUGAUAUCCUUAUUAAGUUAGCUGAUAGUGCUAAAGUGGUUGAUGCUCUCAAAGACCUCACAUACAAAGUUGAAGAAGCGAAGCUAAUAACAGAGUUGGCUGAGAUGGACAUUAUAAAUUAUGCACUUCUUAAACAAGCGUAUACAACAUCUGUAGAUGUGAGCAAGUUCUUGGAUAAAUAUGAAAUGUCCAAACUUCUUAAAGGGCAAUAUGAAUUUGAGGGAGCCUGUAUUAUAAUAGAAGCAGGAUCUGAAGGCAUCCGAUCCGAGAUAUGGGCAGAACAACUGGUUGGAAUGUAUAUGAAAUGGGCUAAAAAGCAAGGUUUAAAGGGAAGGAUAAUUGAGAAGAAAUGCAUGUCAAAAGGAGGGGGUAUCAAGUCUACAAUUAUUGAGUUUGAAUACAAGUAUGCUUAUGGUUACUUUUUAGGGGAAAAGGGUACUCAUCGAAUGAUAACCUCUCACCCUGAAUCCUUAUCUGAGGUUAGCUCAGCUGCCAUUGAUGUGGUACCUCUGUUUCUUGAAGAAACUCCUGAAUUGAUUGUUGAUGAGAAAGAUUUGAAGAUCAGCUAUUUAUCAUUAUGUGAAGAUGAUGAAGGUCGAAAAAGGCGUAUGGUUCAAAUUCAACAUUCUCCAACUGGCUUGACUGUCCAUUCAUCAGGGGAAAGGAACGAUUUUUCCAACAAGAUGAAGGCUCUUAAUAGGUUAAAGGCGAAACUCCUAGUAAUAUUGAAAGACGAAGAAGUAAAAAGUAUAAAUGAAAUCAAGAAAGAUGGUGUUAUGGACAUGUGGGAUCAAGAAACACGAAGGUAUGUGUUUAGGCCAUACAAGCUUGUUCAAGAUGUAAAAACGGGUAUUCAAUUGGCGGAUCCCAAUUUUGUUUUAAAUGGUAAUCUGGAUGCUUUUAUUAGUGCUCAUAUAAACAAUAGAUUUGUAUGCCAUAUGGGAUGAAAGUAGGCAUAGGCUGUUUGCUAAAGGAGUAGAGUGUAUGAUAUUUAUGUGCAAGUGUAGGCAUAUGUUUGUGAUGACCAUCUAUCUCAUAUGUGAAGAUGUCGAUAUGUAAUUUGUCACGGAUUUUGUUAUGAAAAGAAAAAUGAUCAGUAUGUAGUGAUGC